AAAAGCAGAGGCACGGAGAAAUUUUAUCAGUUCCCGGAAUCAUCCUUCCCAUUCUGCUCUUACCGGUAGUGUUCGCAACCGAAAAUCACGCGCCAUGUCAACUGCCAUUCGCCUGCGUCGGCUCGGCACUAUCGCCGCCCUUUCCGCCGGAGCGUACACUCUCCUCCGCGAGCCUCCAUUCUCCGCCAAUGACCACGCCGGCAAGUCUGCCUUUGAGACUGUGCAGCGGAGAAUCGCCGACCCCUUCGCCGUCCUGCCGAACCGAGCGGAUCAGGAGGCGGCUUUGAUUGGCUCCACCGCCGCUAAUCCUCUCGAUAUACUCGUUGUCGGUGGUGGCGCCACCGGCAGCGGCGUCGCCCUGGAUGCUGCCACCCGUGGGCUCCGUGUUGGCCUUGUUGAGCGCGAGGACUUCGCUUCUGGCACCUCCUCCAGGUCAACUAAACUAAUUCACGGAGGAGUCCGCUAUUUGGAGAAAGCUUUUUUUAACUUGGACUAUGGCCAGUUGAAGCUUGUUUUUCAUGCCCUCGAGGAACGUAAACAGGUUAUUGACAAUGCUCCACACCUCUGCAAUGCUUUGCCUUGCAUGACACCAUGUUUUGAUUGGUUUGAGGUGAUAUACUACUGGGCGGGCUUGAAAAUGUAUGAUCUGGUCGCAGGACGACACUUGCUGCACUUGUCCAGAUAUUAUUCUGCAAACGAGUCUAUUGAAUUAUUUCCAACACUUGCAAGAAAUGGUAAAGAUAAAACGCUAAAGGGAACAGUGGUAUAUUAUGAUGGACAGAUGAAUGACUCAAGGCUGAAUGUUUCAAUAGCACUGUCUGCUGCAUUAGCUGGAGCUUCUGUUCUUAACCAUGCUGAAGUAGUAUCACUUAUCAAAGAUGACAAUAGUGGGCGGAUAAUUGGUGCCCGUAUUCGGGACAACCAGUCAGGAAAGGAAUUUGACACAUAUGCAAAAGUAGUUGUGAAUGCGGGUGGGCCAUUCUGUGAUUUUUUAAGAAAGCUGGCUGACACCAAUGCAAAACCUAUGAUCUGUCCCAGUAGUGGUGUACAUAUUGUGCUUCCUGAUUACUAUUCUCCAGAGGGGAUGGGUUUAAUUGUCCCCAAAACAAAAGAUGGGCGUGUUGUCUUUAUGCUUCCUUGGUUGGGGAGAACAGUUGCUGGUACCACUGAUUCAAAUACGAUUAUUACAAUGCUGCCAGAACCUCAUGAAGAUGAGAUUGAAUUCAUAUUAGAUGCCAUUUCUGAUUAUCUUAAUGUUAAGGUGCGGCGAACAGAUGUUCUCUCUGCUUGGAGCGGUAUCCGCCCUCUAGCUGUGGACCCUAAUGCUAAGAACACAGCUAACAUAUCCAGAGAUCAUGUUGUCACUGAAGAUUUCCCUGGUUUAGUUACUAUUACUGGUGGAAAGUGGACAACAUAUAGAAGCAUGGCAGAAGAUGCAGUUGAUGCUGCUAUAAAGUCAGGAAAGUUGAUCCCAAAUAAUGAAUGUUUAACAUACAACCUACAACUCAUAGGUGCAGAUGGAUGGGACCCUGCAUCUUUUACAAUCCUUGCUCAACAAUAUGUACGCAUGAAAAGGUCACAUGGUGGGAAGGUUGUUCCAGGUGUGAUGGACACAGCUGCUGCCAAACAUUUAUCUCAUGCAUAUGGUUCUCUUGCUGAAAAAGUGGCUGCUAUAGCUCAGAAUGAACAUUUGGGUAAGCGACUUGCCCACGGGUACCCUUUCCUAGAAGCUGAGGUUGCAUAUUGUGCUCGCCAUGAAUACUGUGAAUCUGCAGUGGAUUUCAUUGCUAGAAGGUGUCGUCUUGCUUUCCUUGACACUGAUGCUGCAAUACAUGCUUUGCCACGUGUUAUAGAGAUUUUGGCAGCUGAACACAAAUGGAACAAGUCCAAACAGAAUCAAGAAUUCCAAAAGGGAAGGGAGUUUUUGGAGACUUUCAAGUCAUCAAAAAAUGCACAGUUCCAUGAUGGGAAGCACACAUAACACGAUAUUGGAAAAAUAUUUGACAGGGUUUAUAUCGCCAUUAGAAGUAAAGUUAUGGAUCCUGCCCCUCCUUUUCCAAGCAUAUAUAUAAUAUGAUUGCUGAAUUAUACAGCCACAGCCUCAUAGUUAUGCUUUUGUCAUGCAAUGUGAACUUUUGGCAUUAAGUUAAAGUUGAUUUUUGCUUUAACUAAUUACAGUUAGGGAAUUGCCAGAAUAAUGUAGUUCUCAAAUCUCAAUCAUUUAAACUUGCAGCUCUUUUUCUGUAUUCUGUACCAAAAAGGCCCAAGAUUUUGGUUCCGGGUACAUAAAUUGAUUUUGGGCUGCACUGCACUUCUUCUUAACAGUUUUGCGCUGAACAAACCAUCUUUUUUC